GGCGCGCUCGCUGCUGCUGGAGCGGGGCCGCCGCCGCCGGGCCCAUGGCCGUCCGCGGCGGCAGCGCCCUGACGCCCUUCUCCAUCCAGGCGAUCCUCAACAAGAAGGAGGAGCGCGCCCGGCUCUCGGCGGCGCGGCCGCCGCCCCCGGCGGGAGCCAGCGGCUGGCGGCUCUGCGGCGCGGCGGCGCCCGCCGACGGCCCGCGGCUCCCCUCGCCCGCCGCCGCCCGCGCCGCCGCCGCCGCCCGCCCGCCGGCGGGCUGGGACUCGGACUCGGCGCUCAGCGAGGACCCCGAGGGCGAGCGGCGCUCCGAGGAGGAGGGCGCCGGCGGCAGCGCCCGCCCCGCCGAGGCCGCGGCCGCGGCCGGGGUGCGGCCGGCCCCGCAGCCCAGGGAGCCGGCGGAGCGGGACGCCGCCGGCCUCAGCGACAGCGAGAUGUCGGCCGCCGUCUCAGAUCGCAGCCCGCCGGAGGAGGAGGACGGCGCGGGCAAGUGCGGGAAGCUGCUGUCGGGGGAGGAGGAGGCGGCGGCCCCGAAGCCGCGGAAGAAGCGCUCCCGCGCGGCCUUUUCCCACGCGCAGGUCUUCGAGCUGGAGCGGCGCUUCAACCACCAGCGGUACCUGUCGGGGCCCGAGCGGGCCGACCUGGCCGCCUCGCUGAAGCUCACCGAGACGCAGGUGAAGAUCUGGUUCCAGAACCGGCGCUACAAGACCAAGCGGCGGCAGAUGGCCGCCGACCUGCUGGCCGCCGCCCCCGCCGCCAAGAAGGUGGCCGUCAAGGUGCUGGUGCGCGACGACCAGAGACAGUAUCACCCCGGCGAGGUGCUGCGGCCGCCCUCGCUGCUCUCCCUGCAGCCCUCCUACUACUACCCCUACUACUGCCUGCCCGGGUGGGCUCUGUCCACCUGCGCCGCAGCCGCCGGCACCCAGUGA